AGACAAACCCACAAGUGCAUUGCGUAGCAAACUUACGACAAAAACGGAAGCUAAAUCCAGAACCUCACGAAAACGCUCACUUCCUUAUUUGCUCGCAAUGGGCACCGCCUGUAAAUGAUUUGCUUUCCCCGCACUUAUAACGGGCACGCAAGGGAACUGCGGAAAACUGUUGAAGACGGGCUUCGGUCUGCACGAGUUCGCGGCUCACAAAUCGCGCUAUUGAGGAAGUAUGGCAAAACAAUGAAAUCGCGCUCCUGUGGCGAGCUCGCCAAACGGGCGCGACUUUGGCGGUCUGUGUAACAGGGCCUACCCGAUGCCAUUGAGCCCGGUUCUCCUCGGCGGCUAUUCGCGAUAGUACUGCAUGUGACCCAGGGUCGUUUUCAAAGGUCCAUUUUGACCAUAUACCCUGGCAGCAUAACGAGCUGUCGCGUUUCACAAACACCCCCGCGUUGACCUAAAAGCCCUGAGUACUUAGCGGUGCCUUGUGGGACGGCGGUAAUUUCGCACCUGUCGUUUCGAGCCCUUCGAGUCACAAUGGCGCGUCCUCGGACGGGACUUGUCGGCCGUGGAAAGCACGGCCGACCUCGCGCUCGCGACAAGGUCUGUGAAGGCAGCCGUCUAGUCCACAUACUUUGUGGCAUGCAGCAAAACUGGCGCUCCAAGCACUCCGCUCGUUUUUCGCGCUGCCUGCGCGUGGGCGGCGACAUGUUCGACCAUGCGCAGCGACCGCGUCUAGCUCUGGCCCCCUGGACCAGAGACCUAAGCCGGAGCGGUCACCUGAAGUUCACUCAGCCUACGGAUUCUUUACGAAGGUGACCAAGGAUCCCAAAGCGAAAUGGUCAGCCCGCCGCGACAGUCCUCGCUUUCUGGAGGCUGUGCUGCUGAUCGACCCCAUGGACAUGCUCACGGCCCUGGACGGCAACAACACGCCCUGCGGCGUGCACCGUCUCAAGGCCGCCUUGGGCCAAAGCGGCAGCCCGGAGUACGUGGCGUCACACAUUGUACCGCUGCUGGUGCACCUCAGCGGGGACCACCUGAGUGGUGGCAUGUUCAGGGAUCCACUGCAGCGGCUGCUGGAGGAAAUCUACCGCACGCCAGGACUGGUAGGCUGCUUGCGAGAGGCGGUGGAGAGCGGGCAGGUGGUGGACGCGUCGCCCAUUGGCUGGUUCCUGCUCAGGCUGGCGUUGCAGGUGGAGGACGUGCGCACGAGCGCGGAGGUGCGGCAGCUGGCGGCAACGCUGGCGGCUCAGCCCGGCAACUCCGCCAAAGUUGCCCAAAAACUGCUCGUAGUGCUGGCGGGUGGCGCGGCGGCUGCUAUGGCGGCCGCCUCUGCCAGUGACGCCAUGGGCGCUUCAACCACGCUGGACGACCUGCUGGAGGGCCCGGGCGGCCGCCAUGACAACGACAUGAUCGACUACAGGUCCAUCCGCAUGCUCCCGACCUCAAAGGAGGCCCUUUCUUUGCUGCCACCCUACCUGCCACAUCCGUCCUCAACGGAUGCGGCGGCAGCAGGAAAGGCAGCGUCCAUCACCAUCUCAGCUACGCCGCCGCCAGACUCGGUCGCUGCCACCCCUGGUAGCUCAGCUGAGGUGCGUGGCGCUGGCGCCGAGGACAGUGAGGACGCAGACGACUCCGUAGGCAUGGACCGCAGUGACAGCGACAGCGAUGCCGACAGUGAUGAUGAAGAUGUGGGCGCGGGCAGCCUGGACUACGCCAGCACCAGCGGCCGGCUACAAGCGCAGUUGCCGGUGAUCAGCGACGGCGAGGCGGCUGUGCUGGACCGGCAGUUCCGGCUGCUGCGCGAGGACUUCAUGUGGCCGCUGCGCCAGACCCUCAGCGACCUGGGCAUCCGCCGCAGCCCUAGCGCUGAGGUGCAGGCAGCCGCACAGCAGCAGCAGCAGGCGACACCACCGCAGGAGGACGCCAGUGCCACACGCGGCGGAAGACUGCUGCAGCCCAAGAUAAGAAACAAGAACAAGAAGGCCGCCCCGCAGCCGCAGCCACCCUCCCUGCGACAGCUGCCGCCGCACCUGCAGCGCAAUGUGUUCCCGCUGCUUCGCGUCGAGGGCGCGCAGGACAGCCCGCGGCCGUGCGUGCUGGUGGCGGUGGCGCUGCCUGCCGGCCACCGCAUAAGGGGCCUCAGCAAGCAGUCGGAGCGGGAGUUAUACUGGACGGAGCACGGCAAGGGCUUGCUGCCAACCGAUACGCUCGUGUGCAUUGCCAGCAUGGCGCCAGGAGCAGCAGCGGGUGCGGAUGAACUGCAGCCGCUGCUAUUCGGCACUAUCCAGCGGCGGGACGCCAAGAUUAUGGCGAGCGAAGGGGCGGAGCCGGUGUUCGGCAUCGUGUUUCAGCGCAGCACAAGCCGGAACCAGGUUGCCUACGGAGGUGACGGCGUGGACGAGCUGCUGGCGGAAAUCGGGCGCGGGGACGCCGUGCAGCAGAGGCAGCUGGUGCUGGUGCAGGUCUCCACCAGCUUCUUCUCCGUGCGGCCGGUGCUGUCCUGCCUGCAAACCAUGCCGGGUGUGCCGCUGGCGGAGGAGCUGGUGCACGGCCAGCCGCCGCAGCCCACCGAGUACCUGCCGGCCGGUGCCCUCGCGGAAGAGCUGUCGCGCCUCGAGGACAAGGGCAUCCGGCUGCACUCCACACAGCGCGACGCGCUCGAGCGCGGCCUCACUCAGCGUGUCGCCCUCAUCCAAGGCCCGCCCGGCACCGGCAAAACCUUCGUGGGCGCGCUGCUGUGCGACGCCAUCCUGCGCCACAGCAGCACCGAGCGCAUCCUAGUGGUGUGCUACACCAACCACGCGCUGGACUCGUUCCUGGAGUCGCUCAUCGCCAAGGGCAUCACCAGCAUCGUGCGCGUGGGCGGCCGCUCGAAGAACGAGACGCUGGCGAACUACAACCUGUUUGAGCGCAAGCGCGGCUCGCCGCGCGUGAAGCUGCAGCAGGGCGCCGCGUCGCGCCGGUUCGGUGCACUGAUGGACCUGCAGCGCGAGCACCAGAGCGAGAUCCAGCGUCUGGAGCGGCUGCUGUUCCAAUCUGCUGGCACGCCGCCGCCGCAGCGCGAGCCGCCAGCCGAGCGGCCGCCGCCACCGAAUACACCGAAGGGCGGGCGCGCAAAGCGUGACGAGGCCGCUCCUACGGUACCGGCGCUGGACCUGUACUCGGAGCUGCGGCCCUUCGUGGAACAGGAGCUGGGGGACGUGUACGACGAGGUCCGCAUGCGCGACCGUGCGUGCUGGGUGGGCUGGCUGGCGGGCGCGGAGAGCACGGAGGCGUGCCACAUGACCAGUGCGGACAAGCUGGACAUGCUCGAGGCAUACGAGGACACUGAGCAGGAGCUGCUGAACCGGGUUUUCCGGAACGCCGUGUCGGAGGCGGCGCAGCAGUGGGUGCGUGCAGACGAGGAUGAGCGUGCCGCGGCCGGCAGUGCUGACGGCGGGGGCGGCGGUGGAGACGGCAGCCUGGCGCUGUGGGCAAUGCCGAAGGGGAAGCGGCUGGACAUUGCGGCGGCCAUGCUGCAGGCCCGACGCACCAAGUGGGCUGAAGAGUUGGACACGGCGCUGAAGUGCGCCGGUAAGGUCAGGGACGAGCUGGAGAGCCUGCAUGAUACGAGCGCGCUGGCGGUGCUCAGCUCCGCCCGCGUCAUUGGCUGCACCACUACCGGCGCCGCCAAGUACAAGGACCUGCUGCGCGACCCGUCCGUGGACCCGGGUGUGGUGCUGGUGGAGGAAGCGGGCGAGCUGCUGGAGGCGCACACGCUCACCAGCCUCAGCCCGCGCACCAAGCACCUCAUCAUGAUUGGCGACCACAAGCAGCUGCGGCCCAAGGUGGACACGUGGGAGCUGACCAAGCAGUUCGGCGCUGGGUAUGACCUGAACGUGUCGCUGUUCGAGCGCCUGGCCCUGGCCGGCUUCCCGCACACCACGCUGGGCGUUCAGCACCGCAUGCACCCCGACAUCUCAGCGCUGGUGCGGCCCACCUACCCCGCGCUCGAGGACGCGGAGCGCACCAAACAGCACCCGCCCGUGCGCGGCCUACCGCCGGGGCAGCGAGUGGUGUUUGUGGAUCAUGAGGUGCCGGAGGACGGCGAGGCGGCGGCGGAUGAUGAGGCGGCCGUGUUCGAGAAGCGCGGUCAGCAGUGGCGGCCCAACACCGACCGCUUGGUCAAGAGCAACCAGUACGAGGUGGCAAUGGUGCGCGAGACCGUGCGCCACUUACUGCUCCAGGGCUACUCCUCCGACCAGCUGGUGGUGCUCACACCCUACCUGGGCCAACUUAUGGAGCUGCGGGAGGGUCUGGCCAAGGACACACAGGUGGUGCUGGACGAGAUGGACCUGCAGGACCUGCGCAACACCGCCCUGCCCGGCACCAUGGCCGAUGUCACAGCCGUCAGCGGCCCUGCGGGCGGCGGAAGUCGCCGCCACGGCACCAGCAGUGGUGUGCGCAUCGCCACCGUCGACAACUACCAGGGCGAGGAGGCGGAUGUGGUCAUCAUUUCGCUGGUGCGCAGCAACGCGCGCGGCAGGAUUGGCUUCCUGCGUGAGCCGGAGCGCAUCAACGUGCUGCUGUCGCGCGCGCGGCACGGCAUGAUCCUGUUCGGCAACAGCAAGACGCUGCGCAGCGCCAAGAGCGUCGAAGGCCGCCGCCACUGGAGUGGUGUGCUGGGAAUGCUCGAGCAGAGGCACGCGGUCCUGCCCGGUCUCCCAGCCUGCUGCGCGCGCCACGGCACAACCUCGCUGCUCAUCACCCCGCCGGACUUUGCACGGCUCAGCCCCGACGGCGGCUGCGUGCGGCCGUGCGGGCAGCUGCUGCCAUGCGGCCACCCCUGCCGCCUGCGCUGCCACGCCUUCGACCCGGAGCACACCACCAUCAAGUGCAUGGAGGAGCUACCGGAGUAUUGCGAGAAGGGCCACCUGGUCAUGCGCAGGUGUGGGCAGCCGAAAGGGAAUGUCAUCUGCCACACGUGCCAGAACCUCGCGCGCAUUGAGGAGCAGGAGCGUCAGCGACUGCUAAAGCAGGAGCGCCAGGCGAGUGAGCUACGGCGCCAAGCGGAGGAGCGCGCGGCCCGCCUGAAGGCGGAGGUGGAGCAGCUGGCGGCGAAGCAGGCGUCACUGGAGCAACAGCGCACCGCGUGGAAAGAGGAAGUGAAACUGAGGCUGCAGAGGGCGAAGCUGAAGAAGGAAUACACGCUACAGAAGGAGGUGGGCGACAUCGAGCUGCAGAAGUGGCAGCAGGAGCAGCUUCUGGCAGCCAAGGAGGAGCGGGCGCAGAUGCAGGCUGAGGCAGAGCUCCGCAAAGAGCUGCUCAAACAGGAGCAGGAGCAGCAGGCGUUGCUUGCCGCAGAGGCGGAGGCGUCGCGCCGGGCGCUGGAUGAGGCGGCACGGCAGCUGCGGGAGGAUGAGGCCGCGACCAAUGCCGAGUUGCAGCGCAUUGCCAACGCCGGUCGCCGCGCUCAGGCAGAGGCGGAGACGAGCGCGGCACGGGUGGAGAACAAGGCCGGUGGCCAGGCUGGAAAACUCCGGACGAUGGCCGCUUGGAAGGAGGACAUCGCGGCGACGGCUGAGGCCGGCAGCGCUGACGCCCUGGCCGGCCUGAAGCAGCGCAUUGCGGGCGCGGCUGGCGGAGGCGUGACAGCGGGGAACCUGGCCGACACCUUCGACUCGCUGUUCUCCAGCCCGGGCCUGGGGGCCCAGCUGGUGGCGUACGCGGCGGCAUCGACGGCAAGCGACGGCGCCGGGGUCAGCGACAGCAGCGCCGCGGGCGGCUCAGCUCCAUCCGGGCUGCCAGCUGAGCUGCGGCGGGGCCUGGCGCUGCUGCAGGAGGGCAAGACUCUGGAUGCCUUGAAGUACUUUACAGCGCUGGAGAAGAAGGCAAAGGCGGCCGAGAAGGACGCGGCCGCCGCGUUCGCGUCCGCGUGCCGGGCGAAGCUGGGGCUCCCACCGCCUGCUGCUGCGACUGCUGGCAAGCCCAAGGCGGGAACUGGUGGGAAGCCGCCGCAUGUCGCAGACCAUCUUUCCGCGGCCCUGGCAGCCGCUCAGCAGCGCAGCGCCGCUGGGAAGAGCAUCAGCGUAGCCGCCAGCCUUCGCUCCGCGGACGCGCAGAUUGCAGGCCACGCGCUCGCCUUCCUGCUGCACCCGGACGCGCAGCAGAUGCCGCGUGUGCUGCACGAUGAGGCGUUGGGCCUGCUGCGCAACGCCGCGCCUUUGCUGAUGGGCUCUCAGGUGCCUCGCGAGGACGCAGCUGUGGCAGCUAGCGGCGGCGCCAGCAGCAGCGCUGUGCCUGAGGCCUGGGUCCAGCGCGCCAAGCGCAGCCCGGCAUUGGCCAAGCUGCUUAAGCUGACGGGACUGGGCAAGGUCAAGAAGGCCAUGUUUGACCUGGCGGCGGCGGUUGAGCUUGACAAGGAGCGCGGCCACCCGCUGAGCUCCAAGCAGUACAACGUGCGCUUCCUGGGCAACCCCGGCACCGGCAAGACCACCGUCGCGCGCAUGUACGCAGAGCUGCUCAAAGAGCUGGGCGUGAUCAGCGGCGCAGAGUUUGUUGAGACCAGCGGCGCGGAGCUCGCCUCGGGCGGCACCAGCAAGCUGCAGGAGCAUCUGAAGAAGCUGGAGGGCGGCGGGCUGCUGUUCCUGGAUGAGGCGUACCAGCUCAAGCCCAAGAGCAACCCCAUGGGCGCGCAGGUCUUGGAUGCGCUGCUGCCUGAGCUGGAGAACCGGCGCGGCAAGCUGGUGGUGGUGCUGGCCGGCUACAAGAAGCCCGUGGAGGAGCUGAUGGCAUACAACGAAGGACUGCCCAGCCGCUUCGUGCAGGAGUUCACGUUUGCGGACUACAGCGAUGAGGAGCUGUUCACCAUCUUCAAGGACCUCAUCGACAACGACCCGUCAAUGCCCGACCCCGCCAAGCGUUUCAAGGUCGCCGACGUGAAGCACCUGCGCAUCGCCGCGCGCCGCCUGGGCCGCCAGCGCGGCACAACCGGCUUCGGCAACGCGCGCGCCGUGCGCAACGCAUACGAGCAGGCGCAGCGGCGGCAGUCGGCGCGCGUGCUGAAGGAGCGCGGCGCGGGUGGCGGUCCCGACCCGCUACUGCUGCUGCGCGAUGACCUGCUGGGGCCCAAACACCUGGACGUCAGCAGCUGCAGCGCUCUGCGGGAGCUCAAGGCCAUGCGCGGCCUGGACGCGGUCAAGCAGGCGGUGGACGACUUGCUGGGCCUGAUCCGCACCAACGCCGAGCUGGAGGAGCAGGAGCGGCCGCUCAAGGAAGUCAACCUGAACCGCGUCUUCCUGGGCAACCCGGGCACAGGCAAGACCACGGUCGCGGGUCUGUACGGCCGCGUCCUCCGUGACCUGGGCCUGCUGAGUCGGGGCGAUGUGGAGGUGCGGGUGCCGGCGGACUUCAUGGGCACCGUGCUGGGCGAGAGCGAGCAGAAGACCGAGGCCAUCCUGGAGGCGACCAAGGGCCGCGUGCUGGUCAUCGACGAGGCGUACGGGCUCUACUCGGAUGCCGGCCGCGACCCCUACAAAGAGGCGGUGGUGGACACGAUCGUGGCUCGGGUGCAGGGCGUGCCGGGCGAUGACCGCUGCGUGCUGCUCCUGGGCUAUGAGGACCAGAUGCGCGAGAUGCUGCGCAAGGCCAACCCGGGCCUGUCGCGGCGCUUCCAGCUGGACGCGGCGUGGCGGUUUGAGGACUACGGGCCUGAGGACCUGCUGGCAAUCACACGGGAGGCUGCCAAGAAGAAGGGCUGGGCGCUGGACGAGGCCUGCCUGCUGGCGGCUGUGGAGGCGCUGGAGGCGCAGCGCCGCAAGCCCAACUUCGGCAACGCCGGCGCCGUCAACAACCUGCUGUCGAGCGCGGUGCUGCGGAUGGAGGCGCGGCUGCGCAAGCUGACGCCCGCACAGCGCGCCGCGGCGGCCCCGGUGCCGGAUGACUUCCUGCCGCCGCGGCAGGGCGGAGACCCCAAAGCGAUCUUUGACGAUCUUAUCGGCUGCAGGGAGGUCCUGGCCAAGCUGCGCGAGUGGCAGGCCACCAUCCUGGCCUGCCAGGCCAUCGGCCGGGACCCGCUGGCCAGCUUCGAGCUCAACUUCCGAUUCGUGGGCGCGCCGGGCACGGGCAAGACCACGGUGGCGCGGCGUGUGGGGCUGCUGUUUGAGUCGCUGGGCCUGUUGGCGACCUCGGAGGUGGUGAGCUGCUCGGCCUCCGACUUCGUAACGGGCUAUGUCAACCAGGCCAGCGGCAAGACGCGGGAGGUGUUUGCCAAGGCGGUGGGCGGCGUGCUCUUUAUCGACGAGGCCUACAGGCUGAGCCCCAAGAAGGGCGGCCCCUUUAUGCAGGAGGCCCUGGACGAGAUGGUCCAGCUGCUGACGGAGCCGGCCUACAUGGGCAAGAUGGUGGUCAUCCUGGCGGGGUACGACAACGAGAUCGAGGAGCUGAUGUCCGUGAACCCCGGCCUCAAGAGCCGCUUCAGUCAGCGCCUGCACUUCCCCGACUUCACACCGGCCGACGCGGCGCAGCUGCUGGUGCUGCAGCUGCGGAAGGAGUACGGACUGGAGCUGGGUGGAGGGGCGGUGGAGGCGCUGCCGGGCAUGGCACAGGAGCUGGCCGCCGCGCCCAACUGGGCCAACGGGCGUGACGUGGGCACAUGGGCCAAGCGCGUGUUCGCCGCCUACUCCAGCCGCUGCUUCGGCGGUGGUGGCGCUGACGGGGCGGAGGGCGGUGGAGGCGGCGGCGAGGAGCUGCAGGCGGCGGACCUGCGUGUCGCGCUGGACAGCAUCCUGCAGGACAAGGUGCAGUCGCAGCGGCAGCCGCCGGAGAAGAAGGUGACUGCGGCGCUCGGUGGCGUGGUCAGCACACCGCCGGGUGGCAGUGACGCAGCAGAUCUGCAGAAGGACAACACGGAGGACGCCUGGGCGCAGAUGCAGUUCACUCCGGCGACUGCCGCGCCGCCGCCGCCGCGCAUGGCGCCUCCUGCGGUGGUCAUUGAGGAGGUGCACGAGGAGGAGGCAUCUGCCGCCGCCGCGCAGCCAGACAACAGCAGUGGCGGCUUUGCCGGCCUGCCGCCGGGCUUCCUAACGGCCAUGCAGGAUGCGCUGGAGUCACUGGGCUAUGACCUGUCGUCCAUGGACAUUGCGGCGGCGCUGGCGGCGGACCCCACCCUGGCUGACAAGCUGCCGCCGCUGCUGUCGGGCUGGGAGCCGGCGCUGGUGCUGCAGAUGAUCAAGAAGUGGCAGGAGGCGCUGGCGAAGCAGCUGGAGCAGGAGCGCGAGGCGGCCAAGCGGCGGCAGCGGCCGGUGUGGCGGUGCGCGGCAUGCGGCCGGUACGGUUGCCCCGUGGCGCCCUACAUCGAGGGUUACCAAGAAUUCUGAGGCGGUGGGCCGCUGAGAUUCUGGGCAAAGUUGGGAAGGUGUGCGUGAGGAGGAAGGCAAUGGGUACACGACGUGUUUUCUGAGCGACAUGCCAGCGGGUGUGGACCGGGACGCGCUUGUAGCCGGUGGACAGGAGCUUGUCCGGCAUAGGAGUUGAAAGCGGUGUUGUUAUUGCUGGUGCUGGUGGUGGAUGCGGUAUGUGGGUUGGUGUGGGUGAAUUGUGUUUAUGACUCGCUUGCUGCAGAGUGCAGAGGCUAUCUACUUGCGGGGGGCGCAGGCAAUGAGGCCAAUUAAGUAAGUAUGGUAAGCAUGUGUGAUGCGAACAACUAUGGCAGGCUAGUUGCCGGUUCUUAGCGAGGAGUCAGGUUGGCCUGGACGCAGUGAUUGUAGUUGAAUGUGUGUAAAGCCCCGAGUGAAGGGACUGUGAGGGACGAAUAAGCGAACCGUUUACCGUACUCCAGUCUCAGGACUCGGAACGGGUACGGAAUCGGUCCCGACUGGCAAGAACCACUCGUGCCCCCCCCCCCCACCGUAUGGUACUAAUAUUUUCCGAUGACCUGGUUCAUGCUAGCUAGCUUAUUCGGGGCACGCACGCACUGCCUCUACACUCAAGACAAAUUAACAACGCACAGUGGCUACAGUGUCAUACGCUACGGCUAAACCCGUGCACGUGCACGAGUGCGGCAACCCCAUUACCCCAAGGAAAGGAAAGGCGAUCUGCUAACAGGCCGAGGGUUCGUAGGGUUUUGGGAAAGAAAGUUUAUCCCCGAGUUAACUAUAGCCCAAUUAU